UUGGACAACAGUCAGCUCCAGCAAUCCAAGCCAGCACCAUGCAGAAGACAAGCAUCCUAAUCGUGGCCAUUGUGGCCCUCUUUGCCCUAACAGAAGCAUUUGGAAACGGAGGUCGAGGUCGACGACCGUUCCCGACGUCUCGCCCCAUCCGCUUCCGCCGCCAGGUGUUGGGCGGUUCCUUGGCCUCCAACCCCGCUGGUGGUGCCGAUGCUCGGGUGGAUCUCACCAAGGGCAUUGGCAGUCCCGACCACAAUCUGGUGGGUCAGGUCUUCGCGGCAGGAAACACUCAAGGCGGUCCUGUCACCAGUGGUGGAACCCUGGCCUAUAAUAAUGCUGGCCAUGGUGCCUCUUUGACCAGAACGCACACGCCCGGAGUGAAGGACGUCUUCCAGCAGGAGGCCCAUGCCAAUCUCUUUAACAACGGCCGACACAAUCUGGAUGCCAAGGUGUUCGCCUCGCAGAACAAACUGGCCAAUGGUUUCGAAUUCCAGCGCAAUGGAGCUGGUCUGGAUUACUCACAUAUCAAUGGACACGGUGCUUCCUUGACCCACAGCAAUUUCCCCGGAAUUGGCCAGCAACUUGGCGCAGAGGGACGUGCUAACCUUUGGUCAUCGGCGGAUCGCGCCACCCGCUUGGAUCUCACGGGAUCGGCCAACAAGUGGACGAGUGGACCGUUUGCCAACCAGAGGACCAACUUUGGAGCUGGCCUGGGACUCUCCCAUCACUUUGGUUGAAAAAUACUGUCAAUUUAAGAAAAUCUAAUUUAUUAAAAUUAAAAUGAGAAUUAAACAGAUUAUUAAACUA